CUGUAUCCAAGGCCUGACUGUUUAUCAGCGAUCCGUCAGAAAGCCGUCAACAUUCGAAUUUUGUGGAGCAAAAAUUUUCCGGUGAAAAUGUCUAAAGACAAGCGCGAAAAGCCCAAGAAGCCCCAGGGCUUCAAAAGGUCCGAAUUCAAGCCCAACAUGCGAUCAGCCACUGCUGUGGUCAGCGCCAUAGCUUUCCUACAGAAGGCUGGAUUUCAAGCCACCGUCAAGAACAUCAAAAAAUGCAUAUCUCAAAGAUGUCGGAAACCAGUGGACCAAAUCAUAGGGACUGUGCCCAGCUAUCUUUCCAGAGGUUUAGAACUGGGGAUCCUGAAGAAACACGGAGGGAUCUAUAGGUUGGGGACGUUCGAAUUGAAGGCGAGAAAAAAGAAGCCUAUGAAGAAGAGCAACAUUGGAAGCAAGGCGCGAAAGUCUGUGGAAUGUGAAGAAAAUGCUGUCAAAACAGUAGAAGAGUCUGCUCAUGAGAAGGAAGGUUUAGAACUGGGGAUCCUGAAGAAACACGGAGGGAUCUAUAGGUUGGGGACGUUCGAAUUGAAGGCGAGAAAAAAGAAGCCUAUGAAGAAGAGCAACAUUGGAAGCAAGGCGCGAAAGUCUGUGGAAUGUGAAGAAAAUGCUGUCAAAACAGUAGAAGAGUCUACUCAUGACAAGGAAGGUUUAGAACUGGGGAUCCUGAAGAAACACGGAGGGAUCCAUAGGUUGGGGACUUUCGAAUUGAAGGCGAGAAAAAAGAAGCCUGUGAAGAAGAGCAACAUUGGAAGCAAGGCGCGGAAGUCUGUGGAAAGUGAAGAAAAUGCUGUCAAAACAGUAGAAGAGUCUGCUCAUGAGAAGAAGUCUGUCUGUGUAUUUUGA